GACUUCUUCCUGCUAACCACCUCCCUUCUCUUGCAUAGCUCCCGUCUAGCAACGAUGAAAACCCGCUUCUGGCCCCCCGUCUCGUGCCUAUAGCAAACAAAGUAUAUGUAGCACUCGCCUCACACUCUCAGAGCCAACUUACCUAUAGCUACUUUACUACUGUGUCAACCCCACCUUUUGCACCACCAUCACUUCCAACGCUUCCAACCAUGACCGAUCCCGCACCUACCAAACCUCCCUUACCCGUCUUCGACCCGCAGAACUGCCAGACUUACCCAGCGAGUUGCCAUUGCGGUAUUGUACAGUACUCUGUUUUGCUCUCGCCGCCACUUGCUGAAUCGAAGGUCGUAUCGUGCAACUGCAGCAUCUGCACGCGCAACGGCUACUUGCUCGUGUAUCCUGAGCGAUCGCAGCUACAGGUAAAGAGCGGUGAGGAGAUGUUGAGGGGCUAUUCUUUUGGUAGGAAGAGGAAUUUGCAUAGGUUUUGUGGUAGUUGUGGGAGUGCGGUUUGGUUUGAUCCACGGAUGGCCGAGUUUGGGGAUGCGCCACCGGAUUUGCUGGGAGUUAAUGUGAGGAUGUUGCAUGGUGUUAAAGUCGAGGAGCUGGAUGUUGUGCAUGUUGAAGAUACGAAUCUGUGAAGCUUGGGAAGUCGGGCAAAUCCAUGAUGCAUGUAGCUCACUCACUAGUUUUACGAAGAUGUACAUUUGGGCUCUAGGACCAUACACGAGCGCUUCCGUCUCGCUACAAACCCAUAAAGAGACCCCCACAGCCUU